CUUCUUUCUCUCUCUUGUCUUUGCCUUCUGCUGUCGCUCGCUCGUUCUCUCUCCAUCGUGCGUUUCUCUCAAUCUCAUCCUCACAAGGAGCCCCGCUUUCUCUCUCCUCCUUUCCCCUCUCGAUCAUCCUGUAAGUCUCCCGUCCCCCUUAACCCCUUCAUCUCAAACCCUAAUCCAUUGCAAUACCCCCGAAUUGACCUCCGAGAUCCCUAAUCUUCUCUUUUCCUUCCUUCCGUUUCGAUUUUGUGAGUUCAGAGAAACCAUGUGUGACGACGGUGAGAAGACCUGCCCUCUCUGCGCUGAGGAGAUGGAUUUGACUGAUCAGCAGUUGAAGCCUUGCAAAUGUGGUUAUGAGAUCUGUGUAUGGUGCUGGCAUCACAUUAUGGGGAUGGCAGAGAAGGAUGAGACAGAGGGGCGCUGUCCAGCAUGCCGUACCCCUUAUGACAAAGAGAAGAUUGUAGGAACGGCUUCAAAAUGCGAGAGCAGAUUGGUGGCUGAAAUUAACAUGGAGAAAAAAAUGAAAUCACAAAAGCCGAAGCCGAAAGCAUCAGAAGGGAGGAAGCAGCUUAGCAGUGUUCGGGUGAUUCAACGGAAUCUUGUAUACGUUGUUGGAUUGCCGCUUAAUUUGGCGGAUGAAGAUAUUCUCCAGCGUAAAGAAUAUUUUGGCCAGUAUGGGAAGGUGCUUAAAGUGUCUAUGUCUCGGACAGCUGCUGGUGUAAUUCAACAAUUCCCGAACAACACCUGCAGUGUAUAUAUUACUUACUCCAAAGAAGAGGAAGCUAUUCGCUGUAUUCAGUCUGUACAUGGAUAUGCAUUGGAGGGUAGGCUGUUAAGGGCUUGCUUUGGAACCACAAAGUACUGUCAUGCAUGGCUAAGAAAUGUGCCCUGCAACAACCCAGACUGUUUAUAUUUGCAUGAGGUUGGGUCUCAGGAGGAUAGCUUCACCAAAGAUGAAAUAAUAUCUGCUUACACCAGGAGUAGAGUUCAGCAAAUUACUGCAAAUGUGAAUACUACGCAGAAGCGAUCAGGCAAUAUAUUGCCACCACCUCUUGAUGAUUACUGCAAUGGGACCACUGCUUCUCCAGGGAAACCUAUUUUAAAGAAUGCUUUGAAUGGUGCAAUGCAGGGUGCAGCAACUGUUAAAGGUUCUCCUCCUAAUGGAAGCCAUGGUAGAUCCAUGGUUCUUCCAGCUGCAGCCUCUUGGGGAGCUCGUGCUUUGAGUUGCUCAUCUCAAGUUGCCAGUUCUGAAUGCUCUAAUGGAUCUUCUAAACACAAGGCUGAUCCAGCUGGUGGGACUGCCAGUGAAGCUGCUGUGUCGCACACUGAUGCUCCUAAAAGGCCUCCUAUAAAUGAUGCAAGUCAUAAUGUUUUUUCUAAAAAUAGAGUGGACUCUUCAAGUGCUUUGGCUUGGCAAUCUGACCUGGAUUCUGAGUUCUCUUCAUUUGAUAAAUGUGGCGAGCAAGAUGGAUCUCUGGCUUCUACUACUAAAGGUAGCAGGCAAGCUUGUGUUUCUUCCAACAAGCACAGUAGCAUAGGCAGUAAUAUGCCAAUAAAUGAUGAUGGUCCGAUGGAACUUUCAAGUAGUCCUGUAGAAGCAGAAGGGAAUAAGAUUCAGAACUCGAGUUGUGAUAUGGCAUCAUUGAGAAUCAAUGGGAGUGUUCAGCACGAGCCAUCAGGUGCGCUUAUAUCCAAGUCUUUGGUGUCUGAUCCGCAUUUUAUUGGAUCACCAGAGAACCAAGAUUCGCACCAACAGCUUCGUGAAGAGCAAUAUAAGGAGUCUUUGGCUUCACCAGGGAUUGGAAAAGCAGUUCCAUCUAGAGAUGAGUCAACUGGUACAGAUAAGAUGCCCAAUAUAUACCCUCAAGUCGAAGAUGAUGUACUAUCUUUUGAUAGUCAAAGAUUACAAGAUCCAGAAGUUACUGGCCAUAAGGUUUAUUCGUCAAAUUCGAUAUCUCCACUUCAUCUAUCGGAGAAGUUCGCCUCCAACUCGUUGCGACCUCGUGGUGUUUACAGUGAUAGCCAGAGUAAUGGUUUUGUCCAUGCGUCAAGUGGUUCAGUAAUACCAAGUGGGCAUGCUGGAAACUCCCAGCUUAAUUCUGCUGCUUUACAGAUGAAUGUUGAGCAGUCCUUUGUAAGAGCCACGCAUAGUGGAGCAUCGCAAAGUGAUGCUACAGAUUGUCAAAGGAAUGGUGCUUCAGAUGUUGGAGAGAGCAGCAUAAUCUCAAAUAUAUUGUCUUUGGAUUUCGACCCUUGGAAUGACUCAUUGCCGUCACCACAUAAUUUGGCAAAGUUGUUGGGUGAAACUGAUAAGCAGCAAGGUUCCAUCAAUGCUGCAAAUAAUUGGAAAGUCCAAAGCAACACGCAGUCUAGGUUCUCUUUCGCUAGGCAGGAGGAAUCAAUUAGUCAGCCUUUUGAUGUUGAGCUGCCUUUUGGUGUUUAUGGAGAGCUUCCAAGAAACAGAUCGAUUGGUGAAGAUAAGGAGUUUCAUUUACAUAAGCUCGGGAUUGGUAAUGACUUUCCUUCUAGAAGUUCGGCAGAAAUUGGCAAUUUUGCUGGCAGUCAAUAUGCUAUUAACAAGACUUCUGUUUCAAGAUCUCAAAUUUCAGCUCCACCUGGUUUCUCAGUGCCAAGCAAAGCACCCCCUCCUGGGUUUUCUAGUCAUGAGAGAGUGGAUCAGACUUCAGACAUGUUGACUGGCAAUCGUUUACUAGAUGUGCCCCCAUUUUUGAGGAAUACAGAGCCUCAACCGAAUGGUAAUAGUAUAGGCGGCUCUGCAGAUAUUGAGUUCAUGGAUCCUGCUAUUUUGGCAGUCGGAAAAGGGAGACUUCAGGCUGGUGGCCCUGCCAGCCCUGGCUUUGAUAUUAGAUCUUUCCCUCAACAUUUACGAGCUUUCGAAAAUGAUUCUAGACUGGACUUGUUGACACAAAGGUCGGCAUCUCCUCACCAGAGCUUGGGUUAUGACAUUGGGGCUGGUUAUACUUCUCAUGGGGACUCCUAUGGUGUACCGUCCAGAAUUUUGGACCAGUCACCUAUGGGAAAUUUAAAUUACACACAGCUGUCAUCCUUCCAACAAGGAAGGAACUCGGUCAUGUCGAAUGGCCACUGGAAUGGGUGGAAUGAGAUGCAGGGUGGUGGAAAUGGUAUGGUGAUGGCUGAGCUCCUUAGAAACGAGAGACUGGGGAUCAACAAGUUGUUUAAUGGCUACGAGGAGUCGAAGUUUCGGAUGCCCAGCUCAGGGGACUUAUAUGGUAGAACAUUUGGGAUGUGAUGUCAUGUUGAGUUGGACAGUUGGACAUUUUUCGGCCGCUGGCAGUGGUUUUGGCUUGAAAAAGAAGCAGCAAUCCUUGUGUGAUUCGUUGGCCCACUUGAGAAGGGGAAGGGAGAAUAGGCUUUUGGAGGCCACUUCUUUGGACGCCCAGAACUCCUAAAAGAUGUUGCUUUUCUGGGAUCCUGCAGGUGAUACGGUCGAGGGUGUUGCGCCCGUUCUCUUUUUCUAGGUAAAAUGCGCUUGCUCUCAGCAGCACCUUCUGCCUAGUUUGGGUCUUACCGCCUCGUAGAUAAGGUAGAUAGAUGCCAAAUAUUAUGUGGGCUAUAAGAUGAAGAGUUCAUGUGAGAAGUGAGCUCUGAUAUAAUGGUGAUGUGUACGUUUUGGCGCUCUCUGUGACUGGGACUAUCUCCUGAAAUAUAUGAAGCAUAUAUCCUCGUUUUGGCUGAUCUAUGUAAAGGGUUGGAUAUAUCUGCUGAACAUAAUAUACGUAUAUGCUUUUUAAAA